AUGUUUAAUGUCACUUCAAUGCCUUUUACAUUAACCAACGUAGCAACGACAAUCAACUGUUAUUUUUCGAUAUUUUUACUCAUUUUUGGUGUCGUAGGUAAUCUUUUGAAUCUCCUCGUUUUAUCCCAACGAUCGUUACGUUCGAACGCAUGUGCGUGGUUAUUUCUAAUCUCAUCAGUUUUCAAUCUCAUUUCACUCUUAGCUGGUCUCCCAACACGUGUUCUAUCGAGUUGGACAAUUGUUGUCACCGAUGAAGUAGAAUGGUUAUGUCGAUUGCGAGUCUUUCUUGUCCUAGCCUCGCGAACAGCCGCUGCUUGGUUAAUCAUGUUCGCCACGUUCGACCGAUGGUUAUUAUCCUGUCGACAUAUACAUUAUCGACGUUUGAGUAAAUUAAAAAAUGCCCAACGUGCAAUGAUAUGCAUUUUAUUCUUGUCGUGUUUUAUUUAUUCCUCAAUAUUUUAUUGUUAUCAAGCUAAUCUUCGUAAUACACCGUUGAAGUGUUAUAGUCAAACAACGAUGUGUCGGAUUAUAUCAGAUCAAAUCUAUCUGUGUUUCACAGUGUUGAUUCCAACGAUUCUUAUGAUCUGCUUUAGUUUAUUAACAUUAUCAAACGUUCGUCGAAUGCACCACCGACUUCAAAUGUCAUUGUUGACAGAAUUAUCUCAAACAAUGAUUCGAAAGCGAAGACGAUUUCGAUUACUCGAUCGUCAUCUACUCGUCAUGCUUCUCGUCCAAAUCGGCUUCUUCAUUCUAUUUACUUUUCCGCAAGGAAUUGAAAUGAUCUAUUUAACGGUAACUAGAAAUGAUUUCAAAUCAACUUCCCAACUUACGAUCGAAAAUGCCAUUUUUACCUUUACUCUGUCGUUAACAUAUCUCGCUAGCGGAAUGCCAUUUUAUGUUUAUACAAUAAGCGGCGGACGGGCUUUUCAACAAGCAUUUUUCAGGUUUAUUGCUCGUCUAAUUGUCAAUUAA